AUGGAAGGCAAAGAGGUUGCACCUCCUUCAGACUGGUUCCUGUCCUUGAUCCUUUCGACUACAUCUGAAAUCACCUACUUCACCCUUCCUGCUCUACUCGCUACCACUCGAAAGGAAUCUAAAGCCUUGGUGGGCGGCGGCAUCAUCCUUGGCAGAAAGAGUAGUGUCUCGAUCGGCAAAGAAGGACGAUUCGAGUCACCCAUCAUCUCCAGAUCUCACGCUCAACUCAACAUCACUCCCAACGGACAUGUCUAUAUCACCGAUCUCGCUUCGAUGCAUAAGACAAACCUGAAACCCGCAUUCGCCUCUGAUCAAAUCCCCCUAGACCCGUUUUCACCCAUCCAGUUGCUGGAAGGAGAUACCAUUGAAUUAGGUAAAAGAUUGCUCGCCGAUGAGGUUUGGUACGAUCCUAUUCAACUCAAAGUCAAAUUCAGAUAUCCUGAAUUGGGUAAAGGAUCUACUCAAAAUGGUGAACGGAAGAAAAUUGGCAAGAUCAAAUCUGAUGUCGCACAAGGUAAAUUCCUCAGUACCAAUGAGGAAGACAGACUAAGAAGAAUAGUCAAAGAUACUCAAACUUAUCGAUAUGAAAACACAAAUGAGAUAAAGAUAGCCACCUCUACCCUUUUAAAUUACGACAAUCAGACUCCGUUCAAUACGGUCACCAAUAUGAGCGAUAAUCUUUCCUCUCAAACUCAACGUGAUGUCGUUGACUUCGCCCUUCUUGAUCAGAAUCCAAACAUCACAGAUGAUCACGAUACAACCUCAUCAUACAAUACGACUCACAAUGAGAUUAUCUCGAGAUUGGUUUUCAAACCUACUCAACCUCGAGGUCAAUCACAAACUCAGUCCCAGACUCAAUCUCACGGUCAAGGUUUAUCAAAAUAUUCUCCCAUUAAUAUAGUUUCACCUCGACCUCGAUCUCCUAUCUCAAUUCAAUCUGAUUCCGAACAUGGCGAUUCUGAUCAGGAAAAUACUGCUCCUGAGGUUAUACACAAGAGAAACACUUAUGGUGUUCCUGCUUCUGUGCUCUACAUCAGCGAGGAAGAACAAUCUCUACCUCGAGGAUCAUCGGAAGACAUGGACUUGGACAACGACUCUGUGACAGACUACGAAGACUCUGAAGGCCCAGAAAUCAUGGGUGUUCGAGAAGCAGAUGUACAAAUCAAACCUCUUGCCGUUAAAAGUGGAUCACCUUCACCAAUUUCAGUCUCUGCAGAUGAACCAGUUCAGCCGCUUUUUUGUCCGUACAUCAUGAGUCCAGGAUUCGCGGCUUUAGAACCUGGAUCUAUUUUGCCUUGGUCACCCAUCACCUCAAGGAUCCCGAAAGUGAUUGUUCCCAAUCCUGCGAUGGCCAGCGAGGAUCCUGCCAGGACGCUCGUCAUUCCCGAAGAGGAAGAAUCCGCUCUUUACGGAGCAUGGUAUUCGUACAGUUCUGAAGACGAAGAAGAUGUUCCUCGUGCUGAAUCCAUCGGUCUUCCCUACUCGACGAGAGAACUAUCGCCGUACUACAGUCCUGUAUCUCCAGUACUAUCUCAAGCCGCUAGAUCACCUUCGCCUACCCCUGCCGCAUCUCUCUUUUCCGGAACCAGAGACAACUUUUCUGACACAUUAUGGAAGGUUAAUGACAACGACAAUACUAUGGGGAAUAAUCAGCCUAUUGGCGAGACACGAUUGGUAAUUGAACCUGAAGAAUUGUGCGAAGAAGUGAGUGGCGACAUUGUCCAAGAUGAGGAAGAAGAAGACCCAAGUGAGGAAGAAGAAGAUCAGGAUAACAAUGAACGAUACGACGAGGAAGCGGAACUCGAAGGUGAAGAACUGGAAGGCGAAGACUCUGAAGAUGACGGUGCUUCGUCUGUCACUCCAGACAAUCAUACCCAUCACGCGUAUUAUCACGAAGACGACAACGAAAAUGAAUCAGAUGAAGAGGACAAGUAUUCUCGUGAAUCCAGUAUGGAAAUCUCGGAGCAGGAAUACGAUAGUGAGGAAGAGAACGAUUCUGAGAAUGUUAGUGGAAGCGAGAGAAGUUACAAUGAGGAGGAAGAUGCAGAAGAAUCAGAACUCUCUGAGAUGGAUGAGGAUCAGGAUGAAGACGAGGAUGAAGACGAAGAUGAGGACAUCGAUCAAGAUGAAGAGGAAGAUGACGAGGAAGAUAACGAGGAUGUUGUAGACGCUGAUGAAGAGGAAGAUCGACGAGCCCCUGUUCCAUCCAUCCAAUUUGGUCCUCGCGCUCAAUCAAGUGAAGCCGAGAAGAACUUCCCGUUCCUGAUUUCUAGUGCGACCGAACAGAAGGUCGCUCGAGAGCAGACUGGGCUGACAAUGGAUGCCAUAAUCGAUCAUUCUUCACUCCCGUUGGACGAUCUGUCUUCUUCUGGUCCGGUGGCAAAUGAAACUUCAAUCCACGAAGCAAUACCCGAAUCCAUCGAUCAAUCAGUCGUGCCCGUGUCUCAUGAAGAUCCCUCUCGAGCCGUCGACAGCGAAACUUGUCGAGAUGCCGCCAAUGAUAAGGAGGUGAUCAACGAGAAGGAAGCUGUGAAUGAAGUCGGAAACAUGAAUGAAUCCUCCCUCGAAACCAAAUCGCGAGAGAUUGAAGCGGAGGACCAGGCGGCGCCAGCAGUAACUUCAAUGCGAACCACUCCUGGUUUGCCUGUCAAAGACGUCAAUACUUCUACCGACGAUCUCAUCGCACGACCUCGCACGCCAUCAAUUAGCGAAGUCUCUUCGGAGGGUCCAAUCACACCUCCAAGUGCGAAGAAGCGAUCUUUACCUGAAGAGUUCACCAUCAUCAACUCUGAUCAGUCUGAUCAUCACAACGACAUCGCCGCUAUGACUUCACCUGGCAACGGUCCGACAGCUGACAGACCUAUAAAGAGGCUCCGACGAGUAGGUUCCACAAUUGGUCUCAUAGCUCUGGGAGCAGCUUUGGGUAGUGUUGGAACUAUCGCAGGUCUGAUGCAACUUGGCGAAUAA